CGCUCAACUUAACUUCACUUACCCCGAGAGGGACCGAGUUUACCGGUAAAAAUCGUUGUUUUUUUUGGUGUUUUUUUUUUCUGGGAGUCGGGACUCGGGUUGAACAGGCGCGUUUUCUUUCGGGGUGUAACACGACACAGUGGGAGGGGCCGGACCUGACCUGACUCAGCUUCUACACCCAGGCCCUUCAGGUCACUAAACAGGUUGCGUUACGCAUUUGGGUGGGGCUUUUGCCUGGUACCCACUCUACACCCGCGGACAGGCGCCAAAGACACCGAACAACCGGACGGAGUACGCCGCGGUCGCCAGCUGCUCGACACUCCUCUCCUCCCCGCUCCACGCACUCCGAUCGUCGGUCAUGUUUCGCUGCGGGAUCGCCUACCCUCGGUGCAGGUGGAUCGUGCCCCUGCUGCUGCUCUUCGCCAUUAUUUUCGACAUAAUCGCCAUCGCCGCCACCUCGGGGUGGGUCGAGGACAAGGACGCCAAGUCUCACUACGCCAGCAUGUGGGACCAGUGCCGAGGCAGGAAUGACAAGUGGGAAUGCAGGUCGCUGACGGAGUUCUCUUGGGCCCAGGCAGUGGCUGCUCUGAUGAUCAUCGGCCUCCUCAUCCUCAUCAUCGCCUUCAUCAUCUCCUGUGUGGCUCUGUGCUGCUCGCUCAACAUCAGUCUUCUGCCAGUCAUAGGAAUACUGUUGAUUGUUGUUGUGGUUUUCCAGGUCAUUGCUCUGAUCAUCUACCCCGUCAAGUUCAACGAGCUGAUCUUCGAAGGUCACUAUUACUACACCUGGGCCUACGGCUUCGGUUGGGGUGCCACCAUCCUCUGCAUCGGCUGUGCUAUUCUCUUCUGCUGCCUGCCCCGCUAUGAGGAUGAGCUCACCGGCCUGGCUAAGACCAAAUACAUCUAUUCCUCGGCUUAAAGACAAAACCCACCCACACCCACCCAAUUGCAGCCAUUUCCAAUUUUCACUCUGACCUGGAUCUGGGGUGGCCAUUAAACAUUUUUACAUCGAACCAUUUCACCAAAGAUGGCUGAGCUAAGUUAAAUUUGGUUCAGCAGUGGAAAACCCCUCCUCUUAUCAUUCGAGAGUGAAGUUACAAGCGAAGGGUGAUUCUUACAGGAAGUGGACUGUGAUUGGAUGUUACAUCUGCUUUAGUGUACAGACCUCUAUUUUAGAUUAAAGGUGGAGUAAGCGAUUCUGGGAAAAAAAAACAGUUGAUAUGAACUCAACGCAAAACAAAUGCACCCCUCCCUUCAGUGCUCUUUCAGAAGCGCAACCCCCGAAAUUCAUGGACGCGACACAAUGGUGGAAUCCAGAGCAUCUUAUACGGCCUGGAACUGGAUGCCCUUUCUCAUAGCUGAAGCAAAACAAACCUUAUAAUAUGAAAUAUCAUCAAACAAAGAACAUGCGAACAACACAACCGAGUACAAACUAGUAGGAGUUAGUUGUUUAGGUUGUUUUUUUACAAAACUAAAGUGACAGAAUCGAGGACCGUAGAUUUAUAGCUAAGAUGACAAGGAAGGUAACUUUACCUGGCAUCAAUCCAAAUAAUCCCACUGUGGUAGCAAAGUUCUGUUUUCUAGCUUUUUGUGGCUAUAAAACCCUUUGCACGUUCAGCUAACAGGUCAAAACAAUUCUGACCCGGUAGAAGUUCCGUCUCUGCACUCGCCUUAACGCCGCCGCCGGACUCUCCUCUGCAGUCCCAAUCAAUCCAAUUCAAAACUCCAGGCGGUCUGGCGGCAACAGAACGGUAGACUGGUCCUUCUUCUUCCCCUGGUAAUCCGUGGCUAUAUCUGUUAACAUGUGCCAGAUGUACCCUCUUGUGCCCCCACUGCUCCCCUCUUUUCUUCUUCUUUUGCUUUGUCCUGUGCACGAGCAAAACCACCCCCCCCCCUGCUGCUGAUUGGCUGGGAUAGCGGAGCCAAUUCUAUUUGGUUCCCAUUUACAGAGCCAGGGCUGUGUACUGAGCCAGAUUUGAUCUCAGCACACACACAACGGACAGCUAGCAGACUGCGUAGAGAUAUUCACUGAAUUUGACAAAAAGUGUAUUGGAUCAGAAUCGCUUACUCUACCUUAAGUCGGCAUCAUAAAUGGUUUUAACCAUGGUAUUUUUUUCACAUUCAGCAUUUGAGGAAAGCAUAUUCCUCAUCUGUAGUUUUAACCUGAAAUUCUUAAUGCAAGAUCACCCAAGUGCAAUUAACCUAAGGGAUGUCAUCAAGUGCAAAGCACAGCCUUAGCUUCAUUUAUCUUAGAUGUUAUAAAACCUUGGUAAAAGAACAGUUCAGACUAAAAGUUUUGCACAGGAUGCAAAAGGAAUCAUUAUUCAUCAUCUGGUUUUGUCCUGUGUGUUCAAAUGAAUUUUCUUAACUCUUUAGUGUGUGUCUUUUAUUCUGUAUUUUGCUUUGCAUAACGUAAGAAGGAAGCAAAGGCUUGGGCUCGGAAUCUGAAUGUAAUCUAAACCUAUGGAUAUGUAUAUGUAGUUUAACUUUUUUGCACCUUUUUUAUGCAUUUUCUGAUAAUUCUCAUCUGCUGUCUCCAGGCUUUUGUAUUCUUAUUGACUUAUUAGUAAAGAGGUAUAACUGUG